AGGAUGAAUACUUGAUUCUAUCUCUUAUUUGCUAGUUUUCACUGGGAAGAUGACCAGUGAAUUGAGUUUGUUUUAAUGAGUAUCAGUAUGAGCUUGUAUUUGAUGUGUUUCAAUUCACAUAGUUGUUUUUCCUUUUUUGAGACUUCAAAUUGACUCUUGAAUCGUUUUCACACUAAUCCAAAAUGUCAAUACAAGGCGUAAGUACACAUUUCCUGCCCCAGACCUGGAGUCAUCCAUUUCUCUAAGAAACUUUGAUUCCUUUUGGUGGGAAAUGGUAUUUGGAGACAACAAAUUGAGUAAGGCAGAAGAGAAUGAAAGAAGUAGAUAAUCUUGAAAGUAUAAAAGAAGAAUGGGUUUGUGAAACAGGAUCUGACCACCAGCCUCUUAGUGAUAAUCGACAGACAAAUUGUGAAUAUUUUGUUGACAGUCUUUUUGAGGAAGCUCAGAAGGUUGGUGCCAAAUGUUUGACCCCAACUGAACAAAAGAAACAGGUAGAUGUAAGUAUAAAAUUAUGGAAAAAUGGAUUCACAGUCAAUGAUGAUUUCAGAAGUUAUUCUGAUGGUGCAAGUCAGCAGUUUCUGAACUCCAUCAAAAAAGGGGAAUUACCUUUAGAAUUACAGGGAGUCUUUGAUAAAGAGGAGGUGGAUGUUGAAGUUGAAGAUAAGAAAAAUGAAGUAUGUAUGUCAACGAAGCCUGUGUUCCAGCCCUUCUCAGGACAGGGUCACAGACUGGGAAGUGCCACACCAAAAAUUGUUUCUAAAGCAAAGAGUAUUGAAGUAGAGAAUAAAAAUAAGUUGUCGACUGUUCCACUAAACAAUCUGGAACCCAUCACUAGUAUACAGAUCUGGUUAGCCAAUGGGAAAAGGAUUGUCCAGAAAUUUAACAUUUCUCAUAGGAUAAGCCACAUCAAAGACUUCAUCGAAAAAUACCAAGGAUCUCAAAGAAGUCCUCCCUUUUCCCUGGCAACAGCUCUUCCUUUCCUCAAAUUGCUAGAUGAAACACUCACACUGGAAGAAGCAGAUUUGCAGAAUGCUGUAAUCAUUCAGAGACUCAAGAAAACUGCUGAACCUUUUAAAGAACUUUCAUAACAUUGGUUUUAGAUACACUAAGUGGAAAGUUUCCAGAGAAAUGAUUGUAAGUGGACAUGCAAAUCAAAGUGGGGGAAAGCCAGAUUUGUUGGGUUUGGCACUAUUCAGCUCCCUCCUGGUGAGAUUUUUAAAUAAGUACAAGAUAGCAGCUUAAACUGUGACUGGAAAGUGUAUUCUGUGAACUUUUCCGGAAGGCUACCCAGAAAAAUAUACUUAUUUUCAAAUACCAAUUAUUCAACGUAACAAUAUAUUAAAUAACUGUAUCAUUUAAAAUCUUAAUAGGGUAUACAUUAGCAAAUAGGUUCACCACAUCUUUCAUUCGAACCUUAUUCCCAAGCAGCAGUGACUUAUUUAAAUAUUAACUGUCUCAGAUUUUUUAAAAUAGCAAUACAUUAAAAAAAAUUGUACAUGGCAGGUCAAAAACAUCAGUAUAAUUUUUUUAUAUCUGAUAUGCAAUCAAAAGGCUGGAAGGAACUGCUUUCACCACAGCUAUGCGUAAACCUUCAAAGUAUUCCCAAUUUGCAUUCUGUAAUGUUAAGAUACACUCAGAUAUUAAUUUGGCAACAGUAUCUGGGAUGUAUUUUCAUUAAGAAUAAAUUUGUGUAGCUUAGUAUAAUGUCAGUAUCAAUCUGCCUACCCACAUUUCAGUAUUUUUGAAACAUACAAAUUUUUAAAAAUUAUUUUUUCUCUAGGAACCCCAGUUCAUCCCCUAUUUUAUUUUCUUUCAGAAAUUAGGGAUUUGUUCUUAGCUGACAUUUGGAGUGGGCCAGUUGUUUGCCAUCACUCACUGAGAAUCUAAUGCUUGUGUUGUCAUAUUACUAAUGAAUAUUUUUUGAAUGCGUCAUGUAAAGUAUGGUUUUCUAUUCCGUAUAUCAGUCAGCAUGUUUAUUUAUUAAUAUAAAGGAUUAUUUGUCACAUUACGUCACCCAGGAAAACAUACUUCAUACCUUAGAUUUUAAACUAAAAAUGGUUAUACUUCAGCAUUUCACUGUCAGAUUAAAUCCCCUUGCCUGAAAAUAAGUUUAAGAAGGUUUUUUUUGCAGAUGAUCUAUUGAAUCAUAGUUAAAAUGAAAUAUACAUUGAGUGUGCUAAGGAACUAAGUGGUCAUGACUGUUAGCAGUAAUGUUCAUGGGUGCUGGACGUCUGCUGGAAGGAGCAGUUCUCAGUCUUUUUGAUCUCAAGACCUUCUGCUUAUAUGGGUUUAUAUAUAUUAAUAUUUAAAAUAAAAGUUAUAAAAUAUUUAUUCAUUAAAAUAAUAAAUGUAUAGCAUUUUAUGAAAAAUAUUUUCUAAAAUGUGAAAAGAUUGAGAAAUGUGGCAUUGUAUUCCAAUUUUGCAGAUAUCUUUACUCUCUGACUUAAAGACAGAUGGAAUCUCAUCUGCUUCUACAUUCAAUCUGUUGCGAUAUCACACAUCAUGUAGCCGCUAGUAAAUGCUACUGUACCUUCAAGAGAAAGUGAAAGAAAGCAAAUAACAUCUUAGUAUGAUUAUGAAAAUAGUUUGGACCUUGCAGACCUCUUGUAAGAACGAGUCUUAUAAAGCAGUGAUUCUCAGCCUUAAUGAGUAAGAAUCACUUGGGAAGCUUUUCAGAAUGCCUGUUCCUGCCACCUACCACACAUUCUAAUGAUUCAUUGUAUCUGGGAUGGGUUCCAGAUCUCUACAUCUUUAAUCUCAAGUGAUUCUUAGGUAUAUAGUAGACAAACCAGUCUUUAGGAAAUCCUGCAUUAAGCUUCCACCCUAACAAAAUAAAACCUAUAUGCUUCACCAUGGACAGUGCAAGACUCCUCUGCUAUGGAACUGUUAGACUUUUAAAUUUAUCUUAAUCCCACACAGUUUGUUCUUAGACUGUUCCCCCUCCCUGCUUUAACUCUGAACUAAUCAUGACAUAAACCUGUGCUUUAUCUCCUAUAAACACAGCUGAGACAAGGCUGCAACAUUUAAAUGAGUUUUUUUUUUUUUUAAUUAAUGGCUCAGGGAUAACAGAAAGGAAAUACACACAUAACCAGGAUGACCUGGUUUAUAAGAUAUGUCUUCUAUUUGAGGUCCAUUUUAAGAAUGCUUCCUUUUCUAGCUGUCAGCCUUCCACAUGGUAGAAGUCUGUCUUUUUAUCAGGAAGAAAGGAAAGACAAAGGAGAGCCUUUUCCUUUUGUCAUUUUCCCUCAGAAAUGAACAGAUACUUAAAGCCAUGGUUGAGCUCUCUCUCUAGUUAAAGAAAAAUAAUGGCAUUCUUACAAAAAUGAAGGGUUAGUAAAAUCAGAUAUAACAAGAUGAUUAAUGUAUUCUCAAGAAUCUGUAAGAAAUGUCUCAUAUAGGCCUAUCAUGAAGCAUUUUAUAAUUUUUAUUUGCAUAAUUAUUAGUAUGUGAUUCUCCAUAUAUAUCUAUAAAGGGGCUUCUCGUUGGAAAUAUUUUUCUUGUAUGUAUAGAAAAGCCUCCUUUGUGACUUUUCCAGCUUAUAGUAGUUAUUAACCAGAAGGCACAUUAGAGGUUUUCUUGUAUGUACCUGUAGAAUACACCCCAGUGAGAAGUUUCUAUAGAGAAAGGCCUGUCAUUAGCAAUAACUCUCGUUUUUGUAACUGAAAACUUUAAUGUGGAUGAUACUCUUAAAGGUUUUCUAAAGUGAGAGCCAUCUGAUAAAGCUUUUUAUGUGAAAGUUUAAAAUUCUAAAGUUGUUAAUUGUGUAGAAUACUUAAAGUAUAUUGACUUUAGAAAACAAACUGAAUUUAGCAAGUGAAGGCAUACUUGAAAAUAAGUGAGCAUCUUAGAUGUGGAAUACAGUUUGACCUAGGGAGUUGUUUCAAAAUUGGCAUCAAUCAGUUUCUUUAAAAUUGUCAUUCGGACUGAUAUAUAGAAGUACAUAUCUAAUUUACAGAUUCUAAUUUAUUGGUUAAAUUACUAUGCUUUAUCCAGGUUAUAAAAGUGAUCUUAUUUAUUUUAUAUACUUCUCUCAUUGAGAAUACGCUUCAUUAUAUCUGUGUUGAAAAUAUUUAUGCAUCUAUUUCAGUGCCUUAAAGCAUUUUCAAAGCAAUCUUGCUAAUGGUUAAAGAACUGUUGUCUUAAGGAUGAAAUACUGUUUAUUAAAAGGAUCUGUGAAAUUUCUA